AGACCAAAGGCAGGAAUCUUCAGCCCCGAAGGCAGAAUGGUGGGAAAGUCCCAGGCGGACGGGGGCGCCUGCUGUGCAGCAAACGCACCGUAGGGGGUCCCUAGCCCAGAACAGCUCUUGUUCGUAAUACCAGGAGUGUCAAUAAAGUUGGGGUAUUUUGACUGGGCCCUUCGGGCGGAGAUUUAGGUGGCUAGACGGGUGCCUGCGCAGAAUUCCAGAGCAGCUCUCCGGGUUGAUCUCUCGUUCUGGCGGCGCGCCUGCCGGGUUUAGGCGGCGCCCGGCGCAGACAGCCUCGGUUCGCUUGGCGGGAGCUGCCGGAGGCGCUGGGCCAUGCGGGGCCGCGCGGGGAGUUUUGCGGACCCUCGCCUGAAGCAGCGAAUCAAGCAGUACCUAAGCAGUAAUAAAUGUGGCCGAUAUGUGGACAUUGGAAUUUUAGCAGCUGAUUUACAGAAAACUUACAGUGCAGAAUAUGGACGAAGAAAAAGAAAUGCCUUUAGAAUUCAGGUUGAGAAAGUGUUUGGAAUAAUCAGUAAUGAGAGAGAAUUUGAAGAUUUAACAACUUUAGAGAAUGAACAUGUGGCAAAAAGAGCAAGACGCAGGCGAGAAGAGAAUGAGGAUGUGGAAAGCUACACAGAUGACUCAGAUGAUGAUGAUGAUUACUCAGAACAUCUAUCCACAAAUCACCUGAACAGCUCUCUGCUGACCUUAUACCGGAAAGGAGAUUCUGAUUCUCUUCCAGCAACUCCGAAGAAUGAGCCAACAGAAACCAGUACCCCUGCACAAGUGACAGUACCCAGAACAAGUGCUCUUCCAUCUGGCACCCCACUUGAUACUAGGAUCUCUGAAGGUGGAUGGUUUAUUGAUAAAACCCCAGGUAGAAAAGAAGACAACUUCUCAACUGACCUGUGUGAGGAAGAAGAGGAAAGGAAACAGAUUUCUGAGAAAUCAAAAGACCUUUCUUUUUUGGAGAGUGAAGGAAAGAAGACAAAGAGUAAGAGACGAAAAAGAAGGAAAGAAGAAUCUCAAGACGUAGAUGAAGAAAUAGAAUCUGUUUUGCGUAAGCGGAAAGUUAAAACUAAAGGACCAGAGCUGCAGUUCCCUUUAGUGAAAUUUGACGAUGUGGGAGGCAGUGAUGAAACUCUGAAGGAGGUAUGCAAGUUGCUGAUACACGUGCGUCACCCUGAAGUAUACAAUCACUUAGGCGUGGUCCCACCUCGAGGAUUUCUUUUACAUGGACCACCCGGGUGUGGAAAGACAUUACUAGCGCAGGCAAUUGCUGGGGAACUUGAACUGCCGAUGCUCAAAGUAGCCGCUACUGAAAUUGUAUCGGGAGUCUCUGGGGAGUCUGAACAGAAGCUGAGAGAGUUGUUUGAACAAGCUGUGUCCAAUGCUCCAUGCAUCCUUUUCAUAGACGAGAUUGAUGCAAUCACCCCAAAAAGAGAAGUUGCCUCAAAAGACAUGGAGCGGAGAAUUGUCGCCCAGCUUCUAACCUGUAUGGAUGACCUGAAUAAUCUGGCUGCCACUGCUCAGGUCCUAGUCAUUGGAGCUACUAACAGACCAGACUCGUUAGACCCAGCAUUGAGGCGUGCUGGAAGAUUUGAUCGAGAAAUUUGUCUAGGGAUUCCUGAUGAAGCAGCUAGAGAGAGAAUUCUACAGACUUUGUGUCGAAAACUAAGGCUCCCGGAAUCUUUUGAUUUUCAUUAUUUAGCCCAUAUGACUCCAGGCUAUGUAGGUGCUGAUUUGAUGGCACUUUGUCGUGAAGCAGCUAUGUGUACAGUAAACAGAGUCCUGAUAAAGUUGGAGGAGCAGAAAUGGAAAGGUGUACGGCCUGGAGAAGCAAUGACUGAGCAAAGCUUGGAGACUGGAACAGAAGCACUGGUGGAAAAGGAUACUAAAUAUCCAGAACUUCCUGCUAAGGAUGAAUUGCAGAGGCUGCUAGAGUUGCUAAAGGAGCAAGAUCCCCUGCUUGAGGAGCAGCUGCAGAAGCUCUGCAUCGAAAUGAAUGAUUUCAUUGUUGCACUGUCUUCGGUGCAGCCCUCCGCCAAGAGAGAAGGCUUUGUCACGGUCCCUGAUGUGACAUGGGCAGAUGUUGGAGCCCUGGAGGACAUUCGGGAGGAGCUCACUAUGGCAAUACUGGCACCUGUGCGGAAUCCAGAGCAAUUCAAAGCUCUUGGCCUCACAACUCCAGCUGGUGUUCUACUUGCAGGGCCUCCUGGGUGUGGCAAAACACUUCUGGCAAAGGCUGUAGCAAAUGAGUCUGGACUGAACUUCAUCUCUGUGAAAGGUCCUGAACUGUUAAAUAUGUAUGUUGGCGAAAGUGAGCGUGCUGUACGUCAGGUAUUCCAGCGGGCCAGAAAUUCAGCCCCUUGCGUUAUAUUCUUUGAUGAAGUUGACGCUUUGUGCCCUCGGAGAUCAGACCAUGAGGCAGGUGCCAGUGUCCGUGUGGUAAACCAGUUGCUAACAGAGAUGGAUGGUCUGGAAAAUCGUCAGCAGGUUUUCAUUAUGGCUGCUACCAACAGGCCAGACAUAAUUGACCCAGCUAUCCUACGCCCUGGCAGACUGGAUAAAACACUCUAUGUGGGUUUGCCACCACCUGUGGAUCGACUUGCUAUUUUAAAGACCAUUACCAAGGAUGGUACCCGACCCCCUUUGGAUGUUGAUGUAAACCUUGAAGAAAUUGCUUAUGAUCAGCGUUGUGAUUGUUAUACGGGGGCAGAUCUUUCCGCUCUAAUGCGUGAAGCUUCAGUUUGUGCCUUGAGACAGGAAAUGGCCCUAAAGAAUGGCAAGAGCAAGGAAGGAGAAAUCAAGAUUAGCCGAAAAUACUUUGAAGAAGCAUUUAAGAAAGUGAAAUCAUCUAUAUCAAGAAAGGAUCAAGCAAUGUAUGAAGAGCUUCGUCAGUCGCUGAGCAAAUGAUAAAGUUGGCCAACUCCUAAAAGAGACCGUCAUUCUGAAGAGGCUCAUAAUGGUAGCAUCUGAUCUCUUAGAAUUUUAUCUCCUCAAACACAGCUGGAACAGAAGUUGACCAUGGAUUCAUUUGACUUUUUACUAAGUGCUGCAUCUGUAGAUAUCUGCCAUGUUUUAAUUACCACUCUGACAAUGGUUAAGUUGGGAUUGUUAAACAGAGUAAAAUGUAAGAUCGAGACUUUCUAGUUCUGCUUAUCACCAACCCUUCUAUGCCUACGCUUUUAGGCAUAGAAGAACAAUUUCUAAAAUUCAGUGCUCUGUUAACCCAUGAACUAUUUAACAGGCAGAGAAGCUAUAAUGAACAUCCCUUCAAAACCUUAGACUUUUCAAACAAUUCAUUUUCAGUUGUACAUGAAAAGUGCACCUUCUCAGAAGAUGAGCUCUGUUAUUCAGAGAAUUGCAUUCUGUGAGGAGAGAACUAGGUAAGUGGGCUGAGAAGAUGUUGAGCCAUAUGCUAUUGCAUCAUUUUUAACCCCCCCCUUCCCAAAUUUGGGUCUAAUCUGUUUUGAUGGGUGUGUGCCAUCAUAACUGAGAACCCUUGAGAACCUCCCUUUCAUCUUAUUAAAAGGAACUCCUCGGACUGAAAGAUGGUUAAUUUUACAGGUUCAUGCAAAGGAUUUAAGAAAUGGAAGUCUGCAGCCCCCUGCUAUAGUGCGUGGGAGGAAGGCUCCACCUUAAAAGAGCAAUAAUUUUACGGUCUCAAAUCCUCUAACAAGCUGGGUUCAUGUACCUCUUAACAAGGAGAGGUGAAAUUUGUAACAUCAGAAAUAGAAGUGUAAAAUGGAAGAUAUUAUGCCUUAUUGUUACUAUCUCUGUUAAUGAUUUUGAAUCACUCUUAAUUUAGCAUAUUCUGACAAAUCCUCUGAGGUAGAAUUUUCUCAUUCCUAUAAUAUGGGCCAAGCAAGAUGUCUCAGCUGAAAUUAUCUCAAUAGUUUUCUCAAAAAUAUGUAUCGUUUAAAGAACUUUCCCAUAUGUGUUUACAGUAUGUUUCUAAGAGGAUCUUAGCUUAUUAAAGCAAAUUUUUAAAAAAGCCA